AUGGACCCAAGUAAGAUCAUGACGCCUGCGACCGGCUCGAUAGGUUCUCGAUUCGAAUCUCAAGCUUCCAUUGACGAGGCGAAGGAGAACAAGCAGAAGGCAUGGAGGGAAGCUUAUGCGAGAAUAGGUCAAGAACCACCUCCAGAGGAGCCUGAAGAGGAAUAUGAUCCCAGGACAUUGUACGAGAGAUUACAAGCUAAGAAGGAUCUGAAAAAGGAAGAAUGGGAUAGUAAAAUGAAAUUAUCAAAUCAAUGGCGAGGAAUAGAUAGUGAAGAACAGAGGUUUCUGAUGGAAAAGGAUCAAGAGAAGAAAGAGGAACAGCGGAAGUUGGAAGAAAGAGAUGCGGAAGAACUAAGAGCGUAUAGGGAGAAACAAGCUGCCAAAGCUUCUCCAUCUAUCGAACCUCCCGCUACAACUUCCUCAGUUCAGCCGAAGAAAGUAGUACCUACAAAACCAGCCAGGAAGGACGUCAAGUCAUUGAUGAAAGGUGUGGUAGUGAAGAAGAAGCCCAAGCCUACUUCCACUACAGGGACAUCAUCACCAACUAAGCCAAUCUCUCCGUCAGUAGGUACCAAGCGGGAUGCACCUGAAGAUGAAGAUACUGCAAAACAGAAAGAUGGAGAUGAGGUGGAUGAGAAGAAACGGAAAUUAUCGGUGACGGAUGGAACGUAG